AAGCUUUGUUGUCAUUUCAGUGAAGCACCAUCUGUAGCAUUUAUUCUUAUUGCUGCAUUUCUAUCUUUGUGCUUUAGGAAAUGUUUUACAUUGCCCAUCCUCCUUGACAACACGUUGUGUAAUAACAUUCUCUAUAUACAUGGUGCUGUGCCACUUGUCCUUACGCAACAAAAAAAUGGCACGGUCUCAUUUUAAUUGCUUGAGCAAUGUAGCCUCAGAGGCUGACAAGCAGUCUUUAAUGCAUUUAAACUCUGAUAUCAGAGCAACAUAUAUCUAAAUUCUAGUGAUUUUGAAGUAAUACAAAUACUAAUAUGCUAUUAGUUAGAAGCAACUAAUAAGAAUUCAUUGUAGAAUCCCCAGUUAAUAGAUAGAAUUUGGUUUUUAUUACUACUAUUGAAAAGCACCUCCUUUCUGUUGUUUUCACGCUCACUGUGAUACCAUAUUUUUUUUUAUUUAGACCUGCCUUAAGUUAUGAAGGAUUUAAGCAAUAGAACUGAAGUGUGACUAGGUGCUUUGGGGCUGAAAUGAAAGCCACUAGAAACUGAAAAUAUUUUGAUAGACUUACUUAAAAAACUUUAUUCAACUUUUUGUUAACUUUGUGAAAGUUCUGAUGUUAACAGAAUCACAGUUGUCAAAUUAGAAAUAGGCCAGCUUUGCACAGUUUUCAAGGCCAGGCUGGAUGGGGCUUCGAACAACCUGGUCUAGUGGGAGGUGUCCUUGCCUAUGGCAGGGGGUUGGAACUAGAUGAUCUCUAAGGUCCCUUCCAACCCAAACCAUUCUAUGAUUCUAUGAGAACUGGAGCAGAGGUGACCAGAGAAAAUGCCAGCGGGAGGGUUUCAAGUGUUCUGUCUGCAGCAAAUGCUGUGAAAUAGGCUUUUUAAAGGGUAAAUAAAAGCAAGAGGCCAGACUAUGCAUGAGAGCAGGCAAAGGUCUUGUAAUCUACAAUUUUUCACUUGGACUUUGUCUUCAUUUGCUAGCAAAAACCAAACAGACCUUCCUUUUUUCUGCCUAUCAGCCAUAUGUAAAUAAAUCUCUGGGUGCGUUCUAUAAAUAACCACAGUUCCUUCAUUACAAAUGGCCUUUUUUCUCUCAGCGUAGUUACACAAAACCUGAACCUUGUCAGAUGGAGAUCAUAGAAUCCUGUGAGAGUGCACCUAAACAUGGGUGCAGCAUGAAGUCAUUAGUAGCAACACUAUAGCAGGGUGCCGUGAAACAUCAAGUGUCCAUGAGAAUCUAGGUUCUACAUUUAGGGAUUUGGGAAUAUCACGGCAAUAUAAGGCCAAUUGAGUGUGCCUGGGAGUACACAGGGGCAGGAACUCUUACUGUGCAUGCCACCUCCCCAUGGACUGCCAUGACUUUUUAUACAAAAGGAGUAGAAAUGCUCUCCUCUUUUUGGGGUCUACAGCAGAAAAGUUUUAACAGCUGAUGGGAGGUUUGAGGAAAUCCUACUGAGUCAUAUGAAUGAGAAAAAUUGUCAGCAUUCGGCUGACAGACCUUUCCUGAUAUGAGCCUUUCUAAGUUGAAAGGUUAAGGCUGCUGUGGGAGGUACUGCUUCAUUAACCUGGAUUUUGUCUCCAGGAUAGAGUCUACUUAUGGCAGUGAGGCAUUGUUAGUAACAUCCUGAGGAAAACGGAUGUUUUUUUUUCUCUUGCCCAUCUUCUGUGAGAACUCAGCUCCUGUUACAACUCCAAAGGUUAACUUAUUUUGAAAGUCUGAAUUCUGGAGUAGAAGAGGUACACAGAUGGUUUCUUUCAGAACACUGCAUUUUCUGAAGCAGCUUCAGAACCAACCAACUUCUUGUGGUCAUGGUCCCAGGCAGGUCACUAUAGGAGUACCUGAGGCAGCCAGACUAUUACGUAAAUGUACUAAGUAGCCCUGCCGUUCACCAGAUGAGCAUACCCAGUAAGGUACUUGGGUGCUGAUGAGUUGGUCUCAUUACUUUUUCCACUCUGGGCUGAAAGGUCAUCUCUGAUAUGGGAAUCAUGAUCUUCAGAAUGGAAAAGUCAAGGGCAAUUCUUGCACUAUCACACUUCUGUUUUUACUCUUGAGCUUCCUCUUGAUUUCCUGAGCUAGCUAAGGCAUGCUUUUGAGCUUUCUGCUCUUUUCAGAAACUACCAGAUAACAAUUUGUGGAGCAGGAGGUUGUAGUUUCCUUCACCCUGUCCAAAGUUACUGGGGGGUUGACUGCCAGUUGUGCAGCCAUUGGAAGGGACAGAAAUCCAGUGAUGCUUGUGGGAUUUCAGAGAAGAACAACAGCCAGACCCUGAGCUCUGUACCUGAGCUGAACACUUGGACUUUCAGUAUUUUCCCUUCAGCAUUUGGCUACGGCGUUCACCAAGGCCAUCUAGCUGGCCAUAGUACACUGACAUUUCUAGUGACAAAAUUCACAGAUCCUUAGAGACUUUUUUGCAUUCUAAGUACUGUGAAAUUAAUUCUUAAUAUAUUUUGAUUUGGAUACAUAGACUGACCUGGGAAUAGAGGUUUUAUGAGAUCAUUUUCUUGUGCUAGUGGGCUUUGAAAAUUUUACUUCAGGUAGCAGGAGACGCAAUCUAAUGGGAUCCCACAGUCUGACAAUCGUGAUGAGGAUAUAAGAAUGUCCCACCUAAUUUAUCCUGAGGGAACCAACUAACAACGCUUCUAAAAAAGAAUGUGGAAGCAGUGGUGCCUAGGGAACCUUCUGAAGGUACUGAGGAUGGGGUAGACAUUCAGCAUCCUUGUUGAUCAGGGUACUUGUCUGCAUGCUUAGAAAAACAUUAAGGUCCAAUUUUCAAUAUCACUCUGUGUGGGAAGGAUAACAUUCUUUCUUUUCAGUCUUUUACAGCAGUCAGUUGAAUGAAAUAUUGCUGGGAAGGUUCAGCCUGUACAUCCAUACCACCAACAUCCAUCUCAGGCAUUGUGGGCCAACAUAAUAAAAUAGGAGGCAUUACUUUUAGAGUAUCCCUAAUAUAAAGAUGACAGCAAUUAAUGGUGGAAUUUGUCCAGAAAUGUGGCCACAAAAUCUGUCUCAAUGCAAGUUCAAAGACUAAUAUUCUCAACGUUGGCAUAGAGAAUUGGAGAUUUUGUUCUUCCAGUCCCUGGUGUUUUUUUUCCUUCAGUUUACGAAUGCAUUUUUUUCUAUUCAUUUACUAUGUUUUUCAGCCAUAUAAACCUUAUUUAUUUAAUGCAAAAGAGGCACAGUUUCCAUAACAAAUUUGCAUGUGCUUGUUCACAGAAGUAAAGCAGGAUAACAUUCUCCUAGAGAAGGUAUAUAAGAAAUCAGUAAAAUAUAGGUAACAUGAUUUCUUUUGUCAAAUACGCACGCUUAUUUAGCUGUCCAAAUGUACACUAAUUUUGUGUAUUGAUGUUUUUAUUCUUAAAGGAAACAAAAAGAAAAACAUUAUGCAGUGGAGAUGCAUUUAUUUUUAUCCUUUUAUAAUAACAUUUACCAUCCUUAAAUGUAAAUUAAUGAUUUAUGCCUAUAUAUUUAUAUGCAAAUCACAGGGGGAAAGGAAGUGAUACCACUGUUUUUCUUCUAAUUCUUUCAGUGUAAUCUCUAGCUGCUACAAUCAUGACAGAUGUUACACUCAAUAUCACUGUUUUGAUAUUCCUGCCUAAAUUUACAGGAAACAUAAGCAGAAAUAAUCAAGUAUGGAUUUCCCAAUUCAUUUCAUUUAUGCAUUGAGGGAAAUGCGAUUUUAAAAACUAGGUCUAAAUAUUUAUAGUGGUACCAAUGGGAAGAACUGUAAAAAGUGCUGUAAAAGUAGUCCAGUUUCUUAUAUGGUAAAUCUAGUUACUGGAGGCCUGUGCAGAUAAAAUGAACUGUGCUAAGCAUACAGAAUAUUUAUAUGUUCAGAGAGCGUAUUGCAGAAUCUGUUGGGAAGAUCAUAACUUGUUUUAUUGCACCCAUUCGGCUUGCAGACAGGCUCACCUUUCAUCAGUUUAGGAAAUGUUAUGCCAGGUAAUGUGUAUAAGACCAGUAAAGACUCAAGAUCACGAACCAUUGAUAAAAUAAAGAGUUUUUGCAUUUGCAGAGUAACAAAGAUCUUUACUGGGAGCUUUAAAUGGAGGCAGAGAUGCACUGAAUUGUACACAUUAACUAAUAAUGUCUCUAUAUCCAUAAAUUUCCUUCUGCUUUCUCUACCUUAAUUAAGCCCCAGACUUAAUUAAAACAGUGAUUAAAAUAUCUGUAACUGCAUACUCAAGCAUCAGCUGUACCAUGCUCCUCAAGAGCAGAAACACAUGCCUGUCAUAUUUUUGUAAACCUGUUUUCCUUUUGGGCCAGACAAGGCAGUAUUUCAUCUCAAUGAUGCACACAGGCUGUACCUCAGAAGUGCUAUUUCCUGGGUCCAAGGAGAGCGUGUGUGGGUGUUUCUGAAAGCUGUGCAUAUGGAGUAUGUGCUUGUUUUCCUUGCAAGGAGUGCGGUAUUUCUUUCUCAUUCUUGGACACAUUGCUGCAAAUAUGUAAAAACAGGAAUGGAACUUUCAGUGUUGAGCAAUGCAUUUGCUCUGCACAUCUGUUUGAUUGGUUUUUAAAAUGACCACUUUAAUUGAACGUUUCAUGUAUGUCUGCUAAUGUUUAUCUUCAAGCUACUGCAUUUGGUUAACUGGGAUACUGCCUUGGUGCAGAAAUGAGGGUGUGUGUGGUACCACUGAGGUCAGUGGGAGCUAUGUCUGUAAUUUCAGGGGAAAGGGAUCUAGGAACUACGAUUUGAGCUGUAUUGAAUACCAAAUAAUGUUCCUCAACAAGGCAAAAUAAUUCUUCUCUUACUUUCUGCUCGUUCUUUUCUGUUUCUUUUGCCAUUGGCCCCAGCUUUUAUCCUCUCAUUUUCAUAAUCAUGCGAAGCCAAAGUAAUCUCAGGUAUAAGGCUGCCAAACCAGCUUUGGAUUUCUGUGACUGCUGUGACUCUUUACACUGAGUGCAGCCGUGAGGGCCAGACUAGAUCAUUCUUACCAGCUGAGAUGCUGGGCAGCUUAUUAGUUUGGCUGAUCCAUCUCCUAUUUAGCCUCAGAUGUCCCUGUGUAAAGACAUGUCUGUUUUCAUCAUGGCAGGUAUCCAUUCACUCAUUAAUAACUUUAUUUUCUUUUCAUAUCUGUUCUACAACAGGUCACAGACCUUGUUUCCAAUACAAAUGUGCAGAGAAAGAAUCACAUAACCUCUCUGUAAGAAAAUGCGUGAUCAAAUGCUGAGAGAGUAGGAGAGAAGGGAUCCAGAAGCAGCGGUUAAAAAGCAGUCCUCCACUCAGAGAGGUAAAGAAUAAGAUUAGGGUAUACAGCUGGAAAAGCUGUGGAGAGAAAAGGGGAGCAAGAUAUAAAAUACUGACCUUCAUGGUGUAAGUCUACAGUUGAGGAAUGCAAGUAAUUUUGAGGUGGCCAAACAAAAGGGAUAGAAAAGUUAAAAUAAUUAAAUAGUAAAUCCAUACGGGCAAACUAGAAAACCAUAGUCAGGAACAGUGAAAACAAAUAAUAAGCAGAAAAAAGCAAAACACAUUAAACGUUCCUAUCUGGAAGCCAGAACAAAUGGUCAGGAUAACAACUUGACACACUUUCAAACAUUUAAAAGAAGGAGAAGGACAACAGGAAUAGUGAGAGAAACAAGAAAAUCAUAGUAGCAGUGAAAGGCUUCUAUGGAACAGUUUCACUUUCUGCCUGAUAAUCUAAAAGUAAUGCUGUUCCACAUGUAGAUCAGGAAAGUAAAGCAAUCUUCCAAUGAGAGCAAGCAUCAUUUAUUUUAAUAUAUAUGUAUUUGCAUUGUAUAUGUGGUAUACAAUGGCUUUAUUUUAAGUAAUAAUGUCUCUGUGGGAUGCUUUAAAUUUUUGUUCUUUAAUAGCACUGGAACCGGUUCCUUUCUAAUCACUUUUAGUAGUUUCUUCCAGACCAGUUUUUAGUGUUUAUUGUGAAUUUACCAGAAUCUGCAUGAAAAUGAAACUGCAGUCAUUGUCUUUUAGGCAGUGAUUUGUAGGAGAAAAAGGAGAGCAUUUUCUGUUACGCUUACUGAUAUCACAGCUAGCUGGGCGAUUGCAGUGCGGUAUCUUGACAGAGGUAGCAACUCCAUGCACUGGUGCUUCAUCUGAGAUGGAACAACGACCAAGGAGCCUCAGUCCAACGGAGCAUAGAUAUUCUUUGCCUCAACAAGAAGGCAUGUUUUGGAGCAGGGCAAUCUGGUUCAUAACCUUCCUGUCUCCAGUAUGUUUUUGUGUGCAUGGUAGUAGCAGCACAUAGGAUUAUAACAUCUGGAUUGCUCACCUAUCCUCAUCCAUGGAUGAGGAGUAAAAUCUCUGUGUGCUGGAAAGCAGCAAAAGCACCCAGAGAGCAUUCAAUUUCUCGCUCAGCUGCUGUAACAGGCAAUAAGAAUGCCUCAGUCCUUGUUAGAGCCAGCAGAGCCUACUCAGCAGUGCAGCUCACCAUGCACAUUGGUGGCAGGAAGAGCUGAACAGCUGUAGGCUAAGAUUAGGCUCUAGGCUUGGUGGCCAGAGAUCUUUAUGGACUGUGCUGGGAUCAGAGACACUAGCUGAUGUGUGAACACCUGGCUCUGUAAGCUAACAUCCUGCUCUUUGGAUGCCGCAGCAUUGGCAGGGCUGGGGCAUCCAGACUGUCUUCUCUGCUGCAGGCGAACUUACUGGCUGAAGCCUGUGUUUCAUAAUGACUAUAUACACAGCAUCCCCUUGCCAUUCAUCCAGCUGCUAAUAUACAAACAAGGGCAUUAGAAGAGAAAAAAAGUAAGGUUAGGUCAUUUGUUCUUGCAGGGACUGAUUAUAAUAUCCACAACUGUUAUUUAGCAUCCAGUUCACUUCACCUAUGCUUCUUUCUGUAUAUUUCUUCAUUCUGUUCAUAUAAACACAGUUUAUGGAGGUGUGGGGACUGAUGCAGGGCAUUUGAAAUUUCUCUGAGAAGGGAGAGUUAAUUUUUGUAUUCAUGAUUGUAUUUUGUUCUACAUCUAAGAGGACUCCUGACUAAAGGAUAUUGUUAACUUAUAAAGAAAAAGCAAACAUUUCAGGUCAAAUUCCUGUUUUCAUAUUAAACCCUUACCAAAAAGAAAAAAAAAAAGAAAGAAAAAUAUUCUUGUGGAAGCAAAAAUCCUGGAAUUUUCCACCUCUGAUUUAACACAGCACAGACUGAAGAGAAGCCUCUGUGGUUGUGGUUUAAAUGGGAUGAGGUUAAUAUGGCUUCCUGAAGGUAAUCUCUUUCCACAGUGAUAGGAUGUAGUGCUUCUCUUUUUAAUUAGAGAGGUGGGUGGGUUGGAUCCCUAAAAUUUAGAUUUGGGUUUGGGUGUGGAUUUGUAGACCUGCUCCUCCCAGCAAAAGCUGGGACUGAUUGUGUCCAGGCCCAUCUUUUGAAUUAAUUUUCAGUAAUUAAAGUGCAGUGUGUGGGAGGGGGCUAAAAUGAAAUACAAUUAAAAUGUAAUGCUCCUUCUUUGGUAUCCCCAUCCUUAUUCAUUUUAAACCAUUUCCAAUGCUCUGAUGGAUUUAAGUCUUCCUGUAUCACACACUGUGCAAGCAGAAAUGUUUGAGUGAACUCUUGCCAAUGGCUCUGAGCAAGCAUGGGGCAUGUUUCAGAUUACACUGGGUGGUGUUGUUCUGAUCUGAUCUCCUUGCUAGGAGAGGCUGAGAAAGGCUGCUCUAGGGGAUUUACUUCCAGCAGCAGCAGCACAUGAUCCCUCAAUCGCGUGAUUCUCACCACUGAGGUCUAAUGGGGAGGGUGAAGAAAAAGCUCACGCUGCCUUUUGGAAGCAACAGCGGCGGCUUCUGCUCGCGGGCCCCCUCCACCAGCCGGAUGCUUCAUGGCCUCUCCCAGGUUAGAAACCUACUGCUGUCCCAACCGGGAUGCAGCCACGCAGCUUGUGAUGAACUUCCAGCCCCAGGUCUUCUGUGGGGUCUGCAUUGGCAGCGCCUCCGCCAGCCUGCUGCUGACCAUCCUGCAGCUCCUGCCGAAGAAGGGGCAGAGUCUGCGGAAGAUGCCCAAAGCCUCCUCCUCCUCCACCAUUCUUCUCCUUAUCUCCGUGUGUGACAUCCUCGGUGCCUCAGGUGUGAUCUUCAGAUCAAGCAUCUGGUUGGGCUUCCCGAGCUUUGUCGCCAACAUCUCGGUGGCCAAUGGGACCGAUGUGUGGCCCUCUGCCUUCUGCGUGGGCAGCGCGAUGUGGAUCCAGCUGUUAUAUAGUGCUGGCUUCUGGUGGUUGUUUUGCUAUGCUGUUGAUUCUUACUUGGUGGUAAGAAGAUCAGCGGGACUGAGUACAAUCGUGCUGUACCAUAUGAUGGCCUGGGGGCUGGCAGUUUUGCUCUGCGUGGAGGGCGUUGUGCUGCUUUACUACCCAUCCCUUUCCAGCUGUGAAAGGGGCCUGGAGCACGCAAUCCCACAUUACAUCACUACCUAUGCUCCACUCCUGCUGGUGCUGGUGGUCAACCCAGUCCUGUUCAGAAGGACAGUGACUGCAGUUGCCUCUUUACUGAAAGGGAGACAAGGGAUUUACACGGAGAAUGAGAGACGGCUGGGGACAGAGAUCCAGAUGCGCUUUUUCAAAAUUAUGCUGGUAUUCAUUGUUUGCUGGUCGUCUAACAUCGUCAACGAGAGCCUUUUGUUCUAUCUCGAAAUGCAGCCAGAUAUCAAUGAAACACCUUUGAAAAACAUUAGAAGUGCUGCACUCAUCACAUGGAUUAUAAUGGGGGUUCUUAAUCCGAUGCAAGGCUUCCUCUUCACGUUAGCUUUCUAUGGCUGGACAGGAUGGAGGGUGGACCUGAAAUGGCAGAAGAGAGAAAUACCCUGGGAAUCGAUGUCCUCAUCAACAGUGGGUGACAAUGACUAUCCCUCACCGGUGAACUACCAAAGCAACACCCACGAUUCAAAGAAGAUAUCGACCACUGAUAGCCAGCAGACCGAUGAGGCUAUAAGCAUGUUGUCUGAAGGUAACACUAGCGGUGAUGACAGAUUGACCAGGAACUCUCCCAUCUACCAGGGCUGGUAGCUUAUAGGUGAAGAGCUGAAUCUCACUUCUCCCAUUGUGAAGACUCACAAAACCAUGGCACUGUGUGAACCAUUGCUCACUCCGGAAUUUGGUUUGUGCCUGAUGGCUCAGUGUAAUUUCCUGUAGCUUUUGUUCGUGUGUGAGAUUGUGUAAGAUGCAGAGAAAUGAUGGUUAAUGUCUUCACUUGCCUUAUAGGAGGUGUAUAGCAAAGUACAAAGGCCUGAUCGCUUUUAGCGGGAGUAUGUCUCUGCAGGGAUCUAUGUUACUUAUGAUUCAUCUGUUUUCUUUCAGUCUCUCCUGUAACCUCUAUAUGGUAAAAGAGUCUUUUGUUUAAAUAAACAGACUAUUAAUA